CAGAAAGUGAAGUUUGCCCGCAAUUUCAAAGUUUGCGUUUCGGUGUGUGCACAUGUUCGGGCACGUUAGCAAUUUAUGUGUUUUCGAGCUCUUUGGGAAAUAAUCGCGUGACGUAAACCUAUGUUUUACACUGAAAUUAAUGCCCUCGAAAUUGUGUCAUCUGCUUACAAACUUCUAUCCUACUAUCAUGAAUAAGAAAAUAAUUAGUGUGAAAGAUGCAAGUUUAAAUCUUAAUGCAAUCGUUCAGUUAAUCAGUCAAAAUGAUGGUGUAGUAGCACUUCCAACAGAUACUGUUUAUGGAUUAGCUUGUUCCGUUUUUAAUACUGAAGCAAUUGAACGAAUACGUCGUAUUAAAGGUCGAUCAGAGACUAAACCUAUGGCUAUAUGCUUAGAUCAGGUGUCGCAUAUCUCCCACUGGUGUGAUACAAAAAAUAUUCCAACUGGUUUGCUAUCAGAUCUUCUCCCUGGUCCUGUCACUCUCCUAUUACCAUGUUUUUCUGAUAGACUUCAGGAUCCAUUGAGCACUCGUUUGUUAAACUCAGGCGACAAACGUGUUGGUAUUCGAAUACCGGAUUCUGGUUUCAUACGUAAACUUAUAUCAGCUUUGAAUGAACAAACUAGAUCAUCAAUUAUUGGCAAUAACGUUGAACAUUCUAGCGGUUGUGAUGAGCGUGAUAGUAUCAGUAUUAGUGGUGGUCACCCAUUAGUAUUAACCUCAGCAAAUUUAAGUGGACAACCGUCAGCAAUUCAAAUCGAAGAAUUUUCCGAAAUUUGGUCAUCCAUCGAUCUAAUCAUCAAUGGUGGUCCUAUUCAAUCUGAUAUAUUCUCAGAAAACUCCAAUUGUAUCCGAGCUGGUUCAACCAUUAUUGACUUGUGCAAUUGUGACAAAUCUGUUUAUUCUGUAGUACGAAAUGGCAGUGCAUUCAAUACAACGGUUGCCAUAUUAGAAGGUCAUUACAAUCUUUCUCUCUCCAACAAUUUUUCCAAUACAAACAAUUGAAAACUAAUUCCAUUUCUUAAAGACAUUUCAGAUGAAUGAUUUGAAUUUUUCCACUUAUUCUUCUUCAAUUCUGUUGUAGAAUACUAAUAUUAUAAUUUUUGUGAUGUGUACCCUGUUUUUAAUCAUCUCAUCCUCCUAUACUUUUACACUCCCCCUCCUUUUGUCUUUAAAUCAAGUUAUUAGUAUUAUCAUUAUUAUCCAACCCUAUCGUUCACCUUACUCAGGGAUUGUUAAAGAUUCCUUUUUUUACUUGUGCCAAAUUUGUUUCUGUAAAUGUGUAAAUCUUCUUUAAUCGGUUGUUAUUAUGUUGUUGUAUAUGUGUGAUCCUACAAUGAAUUUACCAUUAUUAUAAACAGUGAUGCUACAAAUCAUCCAUUCAUCAAAUGUGAUCAUCUUCAGUGUCGGUAUUCUGUUAUUAUCUCUCUGUAAUACUUCACUUACCUGUUGUUUUAUAUUUUAAUUGCAAUUAGAGUACUUAUUAUUUUUUUUUUAAGGAAAAGUUUAAAAACGUUCAGUGG